UGCAGCGAAAAGGCAGAGAUAGAGGAUAGCCAGGCACCUCGUCCCCAGGAGCCAUGACUUCCAUCAGCUACGACCCGUACUUCUCCUCAUACAAGAGGCGCUAUGUGGAGAGCAGCCCCCGGGUGGUUCUGCGUAGCGGGGGAGGGAUCGGGUCCCGGAUGGUCUACUCCAGCCACUCCGCCCCCCUGUCCUCUGCCCGUCUGCACUACCCCGCGUACAGCCGCACCUUCGCCGCCAUGUCCUCCCCGCUGGCCUCUGCCGCCGCCGCCGAGCUGGACCUGAGCCAGGCAGCGCAGGUCAGCUCCGAGUUCAAGGCGGUGCGCACGCAGGAGAAGGCCCAGCUGCAGGAUCUGAACGACCGCUUCGCCAGCUUCAUCGAGCGCGUGCACGAGCUGGAGCAGCAGAACAAGGUGCUGGAGGCCGAGCUGCUGGUGCUGCGGCAGAAGCACGGCGAGCCGUCCCGGCUGAAGAUGCUGUACGAGCAGGAGCUCCGGGAGCUGCGCAUGGCCGUGGAGGAGGCCCGGGGGGAGAGGCAGGCCGCCCAGACCCACAGGGACCGGCUGGAGGACGCCCUGCAGGGCCUGCAGGGCCGCUACGAGCAGGAGGUGCUGAGCCGCGAGGAGGCGGAGGGCCGGCUGAUGGAGGCCCGCAAGGGGGCGGACGAGGCGGCGCUGGCCCGGGCGGAGGUGGAGAAGAAGGUGGAGACGCUGCUGGACGAGCUGGCCUUCCUGAAGAGGAUCCAUGAGGGCGAGAUCUCCGAGCUGCAGGCGCAGGUGCAGUACAGCGCCCAGGUGUCCGUGGAGAUGGAGGUGGCCAAGCCCGACCUCUCCGCCGCCCUGCGCGACAUCCGCACGCAGUACGAGAAACUGGCGCAGCGCAACAUGCAGGCGGCUGAGGACUGGUUCCGCACCAAGGUGACCGUGAUGACGGAGAGCGCCGCCCGGCACACUGACAGCAUGCGCAACGCCAAGGACGAGGCUGGCGAGUACCGGCGCCUCAUCAAAGCCCGAAACCUGGAGAUCGAGGCCUGCAAGGGCAUAAACCAGUCGCUGGAGAAGCAGCUGCAGGAAAUCGAAGACAAACAGAGUGAUGAGAUCGCUGCCAUGCAGGAGGCAAUCAGCCAGCUGGAGAAUGAGCUGAGAGCCACCAAGAAUGAAAUGGCCCGCUAUCUGAAAGAGUAUCAGGAUCUUCUCAAUGUUAAAAUGGCCUUGGACAUUGAGAUUGCUGCUUACAGGAAGUUGCUGGAAGGAGAGGAGACCCGCUUCAGCGUGGGAGGGCUGGGGGCCGUGUCCAGCAUGUUCUCCCACGGCGUCUCGGCUGCCCCUUCCUUCGGACGCUCCGUGUUCUCCCUGCAGUCCAGCGUGAGCUCUGGCGCCCCCUACCUGCUGAGCUCCCGCCUGCUCAGCUCCUCCUUCUCCUCGGCGGAUGAGAUCAUCGCUGCCAGCCAAGCGCAGCAGGCUGAGGCCCGCCCACUGAAGGAGGAGGCAGAGGAAGAGGAGGGAGAGGAGGAGAAGGAAGAGGAGGAGAAGGGAGAGGAGGAGGAGGAACAGGAGGGAGAAGAGGGUGGAGAGGGAGAAGACGAGGAGGGAGAAGGAGGUGAGGAGGAAGAGGCAAAGGAUGAAGAAGAAAAAGAAGAAGGAGGAGAAGAAGAAGGACAAGAGGAGGAAGGGGAAGAGGGAGGAGAAGGGAAGGAGCAGGCAGAGGCUGAGGCUGAAGCAGGAGAUAAAGAUGAGGAAAAAAAAGAUGAGGAUGAAGGAAAAGAUAAGGAUGAAGGGAAAGAUGAGGAUGAAGGAAAAGAUGAGGAUGAGGAAAAGAAAGGAGAAGAAGAGGUGGCUGAGGAUAAGGAAGAAAAAGAAAAGCCAAAGGAGAAAAAGAAGGAGUAA